ACUUUUAUUUUGCUUUGCAGCAGAGCCACGGGUUCCUUUAUGGCUCCCGGAACAAUGUCAAGCUGAAACUAAACUCCUUUAGCCGAUAAGCUGUUUUGCUUAUUAUCUCUUUGAGUAAUUUUGUUUUGAUCGUUCAAACACCACCAAAGCCUGUAGAAUGGAGAUCGGUGAUUUAUCAUGAAACUCCGCGCGCAGUAUGACAGAGGAACAUAUAGCGAGUCCAGAAGAGCGUUUAAACUGAGGGAUUCCCCUGAUCCGAUGCAAACCGAUCCCAGCCCGCAGGGAGGGAACGGGCUGUCAUUAACCCUGCAGCCGGAGCUGCUCGCCCGAAUGCCUGGAGCUGGAAGUUCCAGCGGGCCGGAAACAGACGAGGAUGUCCGGGUUCCUAUAGGCAGCUCAUCGGGGUCCACAAGCGGACGUGGCGCGACCUCGCGGAGGCUGAGAGCAGCGAGCCACAGCCACAGCCACUCCCAUUCUCACGGACACACGCACAGCCACGAGAACGAGUCGGACAGCGGCGAGUCUGACCUGGAAUCCGGAGAAUCCAGCAGCUCAUUAUCAGAGCUGCGCUACCUCCUGCGCUGGCUCAAGAAAAGUCUUCCUUUCAUCGUUAUUCUCUGUGCGAAACUAGUCAUCCAGCAUGCCCUGGGUCUGGCUGUUGCAGUGGGUUUGUUUACCACCUUUAUGUAUGUCAACAAAAGCAUUCAAACGCAAGUCUUUCUCCACGACCGAAGGACAAAGUUGCAUUGUGCCUGGCUCUUGCUGUUCCUCACAUCCUCCAGUCUCCUCGUGUUCUACACUUUUCACACUCAGUCACUUUAUCGCUGCCUCAUUUUUGUCAAUGCUACAAUAGAUUCGCACAACUUUUGGGAGGUUUUAUGGUGCGUCGGUGUGACUAACUUCAUUUUGAAGUUUUUCUUCAUGGGGCUCAAGUGUCUAAUUCUCCUCAUCCCCUCCCCACUCAUGACAUACCGGCGAAGGGGUCAGUGGUACAUGCUCAUAGAAGAGGUGGGUCAGUUGUAUCAGGUGAUCGCUCCUGUCCCGCUUUGGUUUCGCUAUCUGGUCAGCUACAAAGAGAUGGACACCUCAGUGGGUCUGACUCUGGGAAUCCUGCUAGCCUUGAUCUACCUCAUAAUGAAGCUUUUGGCCUUGUAUGGACUGUCAGGAUCAUUGCAAAAAACAUUACGGACUUUUUUCAGUUCUGAGGUGAACGGAGCUCCAGCCAGUCCUGCUCAGGUUAGAGAGGCAGGUGACAUUUGUCCGAUCUGUCAGGCCGAUUUUAAGCAGCCUCGGUUCCUCGUGUGUCAGCAUAUCUUCUGUGAGGAGUGCAUCGCCCAGUGGCUUAACCAGGAGAGGACCUGCCCCCUGUGCCGCACUGUCAUCACAGACAAGGUGCAUAAGUGGAAAGAUGGUGCAACAUCAGCUUAUUUUCAAAUCUACUGAAAUCUCACUGAAAGGAUGGAGAGACAGUGUGCGACCAGCAGUGGAUCCACAGAAUAUGGAUUGUUUUCUCCUCUCAAACAUCUCCAUUGAGCAAACAGCACUUGUUAUAAGACAAAAGGCUCUAGAAAAAGUUUGAGUUUUUUUUUUUAAUAUAUAUAGAUAUCUUGUCAAAAGGACAAAUGAUGUAUUAUUAUUAUUAUUAUUAUUAUUAUUACUACUACUACUAUUGUUGUUGCAUUUGGAGCUCCCCUAUUUUUUAGUGUUUAUAAUUUAUAUUCCUCUUUGUGUUUUUGCAUGCCAUUUCUGAUUUUACUAAUUAACUUCUGGGUGUAAGCAGAAGAAUGGAGUGGAGACAAAUGGAUUUCUUCAAAUUGUAUUUGUGGAGAAAACAAUAACAAACAAAAAAGCAUA